AAACAGGAAAAGGGCGGAAUGCGCUUACAUGAGCCUUACUUUCACUUCGUGAAAACGUUAUUGAACAACAGGCAUUAGAGGACGAAAGAACAGUCUAAUGAAACAUGGACAAAACCAUUAAGGAUCACCUGAUCGACACUUUUGAUGAUCUGGGAAGCGAUCAAAAGAAAUUUAAACGCAAGUUGUGCGAUCGAAACCAAGAACCGCGCGUCCGCAGAGCUACGAUCGAGAAGAUCGAAGACUCUCUAGAUCUUGCAGAUCUGAUGAUAACUCAUUUUACUUCGAACGGAGCUGUUGCAGUAACACUCGAGAUUUUAGGAGCUAUCGCGUGCAAUGAACAAGCAAAGGAGCUGAGAGAGAAAACACAGCAAAUGAUUUCUGUAGGCACCCCAGUGGCUCAACCUAAUGAGGUCGACCUAAAACCAUCACCAAAUGAUCUGAAGACUGAUGACUAUCUGUCAGAUGACUAUCCGGAACAUUUUACUCCAAGCAGCCUAUCGUUUAAAGACAAAAUUCUCAAAGAAAAGGGCGAGGAGGUUUACAAACAACUGGAUAAGUCCAAACGAAAACGCUUGGCCCUGGUUAUCACCAACAAAAACUUUAAGAAGACGUCUCUGAAUAGAAAAGGUGCGGAGAAAGAUGAAGAGAACAUGGAGUGCCUGCUACGGCAGCUGGAUUAUGACGUUGUGAAACAUAACGAUCUCUCUGCUAACCAAAUGGAUGAAGCCAUCAAGAACUUUGCUCAACGAGAUGAACAUGAGAAUUCAGACAGCACCUUUGUGGUGUUAAUGUCCCAUGGAACUCUGGGUGCCAUUUUAGGCAUCAAUUAUGAUGAGAAAAACAAGGACGUCUUCCCUAUUGAAAAAAUCUACAAGCAUCUGAACUCAGCGAAUUGUCCAGCUCUGAUUGAUAAACCAAAGGUUAUUCUUAUCCAAGCCUGCAGGGGAGAGGAAAAUGGACGUGUGUGGGUCAGUGAUGGAGUGCCUCAGGAGCCAAUGGGAAUAGAGGCAGAUGACUUUGUGCACAAAGAGAAAGAUUUUAUCUCACUCUUGUCCUGCACCCCCGACACCAAAUCCUACAGGCACAUUGAGUUUGGAACAUUCUAUGUCCGGAGCAUACUGAAGGUGUUUAGGAAAGAUGCACAUAAGGAUCACAUUGAGGAAUUGUUCAGGAAGGUUAUGAGAUGCUUUGAGAGUGAUAAACGUAUGGGACACUUAAAACAAAUGGUGUGUAAAGACAGAGCAACACUGACCAAACACUUCUACCUUUUCCCUGGACUCUGAAGGCAUACUUAAUUCCUCUGUGAAUUAUAGGUGGCAUGUAGUCUUCGUGUCUGUUGUACAACCAGCCUGAACAUGCUUAAGUUACAUUCCUGUUAUGUCUGAUAUAUAUUUAACAAACAAGAGAAAAACGAAUUGAUGAUUGCAUUGUCCAGUUUGUAAAUAGGGCUGUUUGUAUGUUUCGAACAUAUGAUUGUCAUAUAAUUUUAUCAUUAUGUUUCAAAUGUUACUAAUAAAUUGAUAAAAUUUU